GUCCUGCUGAAUUUAUUCUUUUUUUGCUUUACGAAGUUUUUCAAGGAUUUUCUGGCUAUUCUUUUAUGUUGACAGGCAAAAUACACGAAAACCAGCAGUUCGAUUCUUCUAGACCUUAAAAGAGCUAUAUUCUGACUCGUAAAAUGAGUUUAAGUGCGACAAAAGAUUCAAAUAUGGAGUCAUGUCUCGUGAAAGACGAAAGCUGUUCAUCUGUUCCAGCAUAUUUUCCUUUUCCGUUCCCUCCUUACGAUAUUCAAGAGGAUUUCAUGAAAAAUCUUUACAUGGUUCUUGAUAAAGGAGGUAUUGGAAUAUUUGAAAGUCCAACCGGCACAGGCAAAUCAUUAAGCCUUAUCUGUGGGGCGUUAACUUGGUUAAGAGACUUUGAAGCCAAAAGACAAGAAGAUUUGUCUAAAGGAUUAUCACCAAAAGAUUUGGAUCAAAGUGAUGUCAGUAUGAAAGAUGAAAGCAAAUCAGGGGAUGAUGACCUACCAGCCUGGGUCUUAGACUUUGGAGCAAAGAAGAAACAACAAGAGCUAGAAGAUCAGUUAAGGGCACAAAAUGAAAAACUUGAAAAACAAAAGGCACACUUGAUGCAAGUGAAGCAGGAUUCAAGGAAGAGCUUUGUUCUGAAAGGAAAAAGAAAGCACAGUGAAGAACAGACUUUGACAACAAAUGAGAGUAAAAAAGAAGACCAAAUCCAGGGUGAGAUAGAUGAUUUACUUGGUAAAUCAGCAGCUGAGGAUCCUGAUGUUGAUAUCAUCUUAAAGGAGUAUCAUAGUGACGAUGAGAAUGAUGAUGAUGAUAAAUGUUCUGAUGAUGAGGAUGAAGAAGUUCAUUGUACCAAGAUAUACUAUUGCAGUCGGACCCAUUCCCAGUUGGCUCAGUUUACAAGAGAAGUUAUCAAAAGUCCAUAUGGGGAAGCUACUAGCCUUGUGACUUUAGGCUCUAGACAGAAUUUUUGUAUUAAUGAAGAUGUCAAGAAGCUAAAAUCAAAUACCAGAAUAAAUGACAGAUGUCUGGAACUACAAAAGAACAAAAAGAAAGAUAAAGUAGAGGUUGAGAAGACAGAGUCAGGAAAAGUAACAAAGAAGAAAAAGACAACAGCAGGAUGUCCAUAUAAUGAUUAUAAGCAACAACAAAACUUUAGAGAUCAAUUGCUGAUAGGAAUAAAAGAUAUAGAACAACUUGUAUCACUGGGUGAAGAUCUUCAUGCUUGCCCAUAUUAUGGGACAAGACAAGCUAUACCUGCAGCAAAGGUGGUAUGUUUGCCUUACAACAUGUUAUUACACAAGUCUACACGUCAAGCAUGUGGUAUCAAAUUAGAGGGGAAUAUUGUUAUAAUAGACGAAGCACACAAUCUGCUGGAAACAAUCAAUAACAUACACAGUGUUGAAAUCUCUGGUGCACAGAUAUCUGGAUCAUUUUCACAACUGUCACAAUACCUCGAUAGAUACAGAACGAGAUUAAAAGCCAAGAAUGUCAUGUACAUCAAGCAGAUUCUAUUCAUUCUAUCUCGCUUUUUAUCCUGUUUAGGGGGUAAAGCAACAGAAUUAGGCAAACCUCUGACACAACAAGAACCAAGCAAAGCUCCCUUCGCCUCAAAACCGGAUGUUCAACUCAAGACUAUCAAUGAUUUUCUUUUCUCAUCACAAAUCGACAACGUUAAUCUUUUCAAGAUUGGUAGAUAUUGUCAUCGUAGCAUGAUCUCUAAAAAGCUCAACGGUUUUGUAGAUAAAUAUCGACCACAAGAAGUAUUUCAAGAGAGCAGCCAAUCAGAUGAGCCGUCCUAUCAAAGUUUUACGUCACCGAUGCAUUUCAUUGAGAAUUUCUUAGAAGCUCUUACUAACGCUGAUGUCGAUGGGAGAGUCGUUGUGAACAGACAAGACCGCGUGAGUACAUCGAGCAUCAAGUUCCUGCUGUUGAAUCCUGCUGUGAAUUUCAACAGUGUUGUACAAGAAAGUAAAGCAGUGAUAGUAGCUGGUGGCACCAUGCAACCGACAUCAGAAUUUAAAGAUCAGUUGUUCGCUUGUGCUGGUGUCAGUCCAGAUCUAGUGCACGAGUUCUCCUGUGGUCAUGUUAUUUCUCCUGAACAGCUGUUGACGAUUGCGUUGGGCAAAGGUCCUUCUGGCCUUGAACUAGAUUUCACUUAUCAGUCAAGGGAUUCUCCACAGCUGAUUGAAGAGUGUGGUCGUGUUCUGUUAAACACAUGUGCCGUCAUACCAGGGGGUGUCGUGUGUUUCUUCUCGUCCUUUGAUUACGCACAAAAAAUCUACAGCCACUGGGAAAAGUCAGGAAUUCUAGAGAAACUAGGCACGAGAAAAAAGAUCUUUACGGAGCCACGUAAAGCAAGCCAAGUAGAGCAGGUCUUGUCCAGUUUCUCUGCACUCAUUAAGAAAACAAGUGCUUCUGUGAACCAGGGAACACAAUCCCAAGUCAAUGGAGCCAUCCUUCUUUGUGUUGUGGGAGGAAAAAUGAGUGAAGGAAUAAACUUUUCCGAUGACUUGGGCAGGUGUGUUGUAAUGAUAGGUCUUCCAUAUCCAAAUAUUAAUUCUCCUGAAUUGAAAGAAAAAAUGAAUUACUUGAACACUAAUAUUGGGGCUAAAGCCGGACAGGAGUAUUAUGAAAACCUGUGUAUGAAGGCUGUCAAUCAAUCGAUAGGUCGUGCCAUACGUCACCGUCAAGACUAUGCCACUAUACUUCUACUAGACCAUCGUUAUAGCACACCUAGGGUAUAUAACAAGCUGCCAUCAUGGAUAGGCAGUAGGAUGCAGCAUUAUUCACGCUUUGGCCCAGCUUUUGCAGCAGUACGUAAGUUCUUCGUCGAUAAGAGAUCAUGUAACAAAACAACUACCAUGGCUGAGGGCUGACAAUCACGCCUCGUUCGUUAGGCAUUCCUUUUAAGUGAUCUAUGGAACAACAUGCAACAAAACAGCGCUCUUUGGGUUUGAAGUUCUUGUUUGAAUGAUUCAUGGUACAUAUACAGAUGGGAUAAUCUCAACACUUACCAGCCAA